AUGUCGUAUCCUGCAGAGACAAAGGUCACCGCCGUGGACGUGGCGAGCCUCCGGUUCGGACAAAAGACGGCCCAGCUGGUGGCGGCGCUGGGCGAGCUAUCGGUGGCGGCGACAGGGAAGCUGCUGGGCGUGUCGGCGGCUCUGGCAAGCGGUGCACGGGAUGGUCAUCUUGCUCUGGCCGCAGGCAAGGCCGCAGUGCGGGAAGCUGCGCUGGCAUAUGCGGGGACGGCGUAUGUGGCACUCAAGGCCAGCGAGCUCGACAUGGAGGCUUUGGAUGCCAAGCUGCGCAUCAUCUCGGGCCUCUACGGCCUGGUCACGCCCUCGGACGAGAUCGGCUUUUACAGACUUUGCAUGGGCACCCGGCUCAAGGGCAAGCUUGAGGUCGGCGUCGACUCGCUGUAUGAGUUCUGGGGCGACGACCUGGGCAAGGCCGUGGUCUCCGAUGCCGAGGCUACCGGUGACGAACCGCCCAUCGUCGUCAACGUCGCCUCGGAUGAGUACUACAAGGCUGUCGCGGCGGAGAUUGCCCAGGCCGCCGACGACAAGCGCAUUGUCGUGGUCAACGUCAAGUUUGAGACCGCGGGGCGGUCGUCAGGCGUCUAUUCCAAGGCCGGUCGUGGUGCCUUUGUCCGCCACGUCGUCCAGUCGGCCGCCGCCACAAUGGACGAUCUGAAGGCCUUUGCCCUCGACGGCUACACCUAUUCGGCUGCAAAGUCCAAUGUCGCAUCCAAGGGCCAUGCCCACACUCUGGUCUUUACUCGGACCAAGGCACCGCCGACUGCCGCGCAGCGCAAGGCUGCCGAGCGAAAGGCGGCCAAGGCGGCCGCUGCCACCAAGACCAGCGGAAAGACCACUGGCAAGCGCAAGCGCAAGCCCGCUCCCAGCGAAUCCGAGCUCAAUCAAGGCAAGCGCAAGCUGCGGAAGCGCUGA